AUGUUUACGACAUACACAACCAGCGUGGUCAUAUCAUCCAUUGGUCAUAUUGUCUUCAGGCAUUUUUUGGGAAACCAUACGCAACUUGCGUCAAGCUGUUUAAGGACCACAGGAUGUCCAUGCUUGCUGAACCCCGGAGGAAACAGAAGUGGUCUGUUGACCCCAGGAAUAGCGCCUGGAGUAAGGAUGACUCCAAAUUCGGUCAGAAGAUGCUGGAGCGAAUGGGCUGGUCCAAGGGCAAGGGCCUGGGCAGAAGUGAGCAAGGCUCCACUGACCAUAUCAAAGUCAAACUUAAAAACAACAACUAUGGUCUUGGAACCAAUGCCAGCUAUGAGGAUAACUGGAUCGCCCACCAAGAUGAUUUUAAUGAGCUUCUUGUUCAACUGAACAACUGCCAUGGUCAAAACACCGGCACUGAACCUCCACCACCAGAGGAGCCGAAAGGAUUCAGCUUGGAAGAGAAGUCCAAGACCUCCAAAAAGAGGGUCCAUUACAUGAAGUUCACUAAGGGAAAGGACCUGUCCUCCCGCAGUGAAACAGACCUUAACUGUAUCUUUGGGAAGAGAGGAAGAUCUGUCAAUGACAAAGAGCAGGAGAGCAACAGCAAUGAUUCUCAGGGUGAGACGGAGAAUUUUACUCCUGCUGCCUUUGAACUGGAUACAGAGUCAAUCACCAAUACUGUGAAAAGUACUCUCACUAUGCAGGAGUAUUUUGCACAGCGAAUGGCUCAGUUGAAGAAGGCUCGUGGACAGGACCAGAGUACAGCACCCUCAGCGGAGACCAACGAGACAUCGGGUCCAUCUGAGGAACCCAGUCCCAUCCUCAUCAGCAACAAUGAUUCAGAAGAGUCCAAAAAGAAAAAGAAGAAAAAGAAGAGCAAAAAGUCAUCGUAUGAGCUGGAAGUGAUUGAAGAGAACAGUACUGCUGCUCCUAUCAUAAUAGUGGACGAUGAGGACCAACAGCAGGAGCGUUUGGGGAAAAAGAAGAAAAAGAGGAAAAUUGUAGAAAGCGAAGGAGCUACAAAUGAGAACUGUAGCUCCACCUAUGGUGUGGAGCAGAACUGUGAGGAGCUGCCUCCGUCGAAGAAGAAGAAGCUUAAAAAACACCAUAAGGAAACUGAGCUUCUAAAUGGACACGGGCCAACUGAGGAUCAAACUGUAGAAUCUGAGGUUGUUCACAAAAAGAAGAAAAAACAACGAGAGGAGGUGAACGAUGUAGUUGAAGAGAACGAGGAGGAGCUGGUACAGAAAAAAUCCAAAAAGGACAAGAAAAAGAAAAAGAAAUGUCACGAAUAGGAUGAAAUUAAUAGAAUGGCCUCUAAUGCCACCCAUGAUCAUGGGGGCACGUGUACGAAGUGAUUGCCUUAAAUGUCUUGUAUAGAUACAGUCUAAUAACCUUAGACAUUUGAUCACAUAAAAAAAACUGUCUACAGUGUAUUCAUACAGACAUAAGUUAGCAUUCUUUCUUAAAUGAGUCAGUUUUUCCAUGAAAUUUAGGAAUAAUUGGAUGAGUGCUUCCAUGUGUCUCUUAUUGAAUAAAAUGUAUCCAAAUUGCUUAAUUAGGAAAAAUGGUUAUUUUAUUUUUGUUUUGCAAACAAUAUGUAUUUUUUUCUUCUUCUUCAAAUGUCAUUUGUGUCUUACCACCUUAUAUGCAUCAUCAUUACUAUUUAUUUAGCAUUCAAAGUGGAUUUUAUUUUCUUGCCAGCAAUUAGUUUAACCAUCUUAUUCCAGUUCUUCAGACAAUGGAUAUCUCCUUUAAUGAAAGUGACCCAGAGACAGUUUUUGUUAGUUUUGCAAAAACAACAGAAGCACACAGACAUUAGUAGCCUUCUUGAUGUGAUAAGACUUGACACAUAUGAACGGAUGUAAUUUGUUUGUCUGACAAAUUUAUGAGCUGUAAGAAAACCUACAAACUUUGGCGCUUUAACAGGAUCAAAUCCCUUUUUUUUUUUUUUUUUAAUAAAUCCAAAAUUCCAAUG